AUGUCGAAGUCAAUUGUUAACACAAAACCGUACCCCUGGACAUUCGAUACAGGGAAGGCGGUUGCCGUCAACAAUAAAGGCAAGGCGAGAGAUGUCGAUGUCAAGAUACAGAAUGUACGAGGGCGUAUACCUUCCUUCCAAGCGUCUCGACUUCGUUCUAUGAUGCUGGAAGCCCAUGAAGACCCCAACAAGAUUCUUGCACAUGUCGUCAGCUACGAUGCACUCAGCUCUCGGCUCUGCGAAGAAGCAGGCUUUCCCAUGAUCUUUCUGGCAGGCUAUGCCAUGGCUUCAGCUUUCGGCUUGCCUGAUACUGGGUAUAUUGCCUUCCAGGAAGUUGCGGCUAAGAUCCAAGAGGUUGCCCGUGAGACGACUGUACCUAUUAUGGUCGACGGAGAUACUGGUUAUGGUAGUCCCAUGAAUGUGCGAAGGACGGUUUCUGGCUUCGCACAUGCCGGAGCUGCGGGCAUUAUGAUUGAGGAUCAGACAUGGCCUAAACGCUGUGGUCACACGUAUGGCAAAAAUGUUGUAUCCAGAGAUGAAGCAUAUGCCAGAUGGCAAGCGGCAGUCGACGCUCGAAAUGAAGGAGUCGACAUUUGGAUUCUCGCCCGUACCGACAGCCUGAUUCUCGGAUACGAAGAGGCUAUCACACGUGCCCGUAAGGCAAUCGAGAUUGGCGUCGACGCUGUCUUUAUAGAAGCUCUGCCCGACCGUGCCACGAUGGAGAAGGUGCGCCGAGAAUUGGACUUCCCAUCAUUUGCAAAUAUCAUCGAAGGCGGAAAAACGGAAAACCUCUCGGCUAAGGACCUGGGUGAAAUCGGGUACUCUGCUGUUGCUUAUCCAUGGACGCUUGUGGCGGCGAAGCUGAAGUCAAUUCGUGAAACGCUGGAGAAUAUCAAGGGAUCAUUUACCGUUGGGCGGCCACCCGUGGUGCUAUCCUACGACGAAGUUUGUGAGGGCGUUGGAUUUAAUAAGUAUUAUGAGACGGAGAAACGAUAUGAAUAUGAAGGUAUGUUGAACGGUGCCAAAGGAUACCAAUGGGCGCAAGCGAAUGGACACUGA